AUGCCAAUUCCAAGUAUCCACUGCUAUCCCCUGAAUUCCCCUGCCUUUAAGAUCCUAAGGUCUUUUGUGAAGUCGACGAUGCCAAGGGCCCCCAAGCCUUGCCGAAAGAGGACUGCCGAUGCCGACGCUGAGGUGUCGAAGGAGCCGCAGAAAGCUGCUCGUCGUGAGUCGCAGUCGCCCAAAAUGGUGGAAACCCUGGUGAAAUCCUUCAAAUCCUGGGUGGCCACUGGGCAGGGUACUGCAGCCUUGCCUCUGGAACUGAUUGAGAAGCUGUCACAUCAAAUUUGGGAAGUGAAGAUGUCCUCAUGGAAAUGUGAAACUGGAAAGGAUGUGGCUGAUUUGGCAUGUGUUUCAGCAUUGGAUGAUGUGGUGACUGCGGUCUUCAAGGCUAUCGAAAAGAAGUGCCUAACAGCUGGAGAUUUGGAGAAGAACCGAUGCAAAGCAUCAGUGGUAAAGUUGCAGAACAGCUCCGCAGGUCUGGUUUUGGCAGCUAUAGUUUUGGACCUGUCUGCCUUCCAACAACCCAGCCGGGAGCAAGCCAAGGCCACUUCGCCUCAAAUCCAACCCGGUGAAGAAGUCGUUGCUAGCGCAAUGUCCUUUCUGUGGCACCAAGCGCGAUUUGCUUUGCCAACCUUGCUGGAAAGCAAGGCAUCCACGGAGGCGGCUUCCACCUGUGCAGGACUUGCCCGAACCAUUCGUUCCAUUCAUCAUAUCUUGGCAGCACGCCGUUACACCAGCAACGCUUUGCCUGCGGCAUGUCUUGCUCACAAAGCAGCUCCAAUGGCAGCCCAAUGCGUGACUCUGGCAGCAUCGCUGACAUCUACCUCUGCUGCCUGCGUCAAGACUGCACUGGCGACUUUGGGCGAAGCCUCCUCCGAUUUGUUGGUAGGCCUGUCUGGCUACGGUUGUGCGGAAUCCGCCCUGCAGAGUUUUGCCAUGACCGAAUUUGGCCGGCUUGCAACACUGAGCUCCAUGUUCGUGAACAGCUUGAGCGCAAACAGCAAGGGUUCUGGUCGUGGAGCUCAACACGGACCGUCCUUCCUGGCUUUGGUUCUGCGAGCAAUUGGUGCCCCACUGUUGCCUCUAGGCCUUUACAGCAAAGACCCCAAAGAUCUGAGCCAAAUGGCGGUAGAACGAGUUGCAGCAGCAGACACUCGUGCGGGGCACCUUGCAGCAGUUGUGAUUCAGCACAGCCUCUUGGAAUCCGAGCGAAGUGAAGCAAUGCACGCCUUGGUGCAGCAGCUUUGCGCAGCAUGUGGUGACCCCUUCUGGGCCGCCGCGCCAUUGUAUGCCUUGCGCCUGGUAGGAGCACUGAGUCGUGUGGCCGGUGCUUCCAGGAUGAUCGACUUGGAUUGCUCCCAGAGGGAGGAGGCUACCCGUCUGUUGGCAAAGGCUGCUGAGGCCCUGACCAUUUCGGCGCAUGAGGCGAAACAAAUCCAGCUGUGCCGCUGCUGUGGGGCAGAAGCUGGUCCAGAUUGUGAACUUUGCAUGUUGAAGGCCUGGGCACCAGAGAGGAAGCGUGAAGGGAAAAGCAUCAAAAUGCCAAAGGAUCCGCUUGCUUUGGUGAUCUCCUUGGUGGAUGCUGUUGCGGCAGAUGAUGGCCUGUUGGCACCAGCUUCCGCUCGGUGGGCAGCCGGAGAGUUGCAAGGAAGUGCACUUUCAGCGAACAAUGCCCGCUGCAACGCUGCAGCUUUGCUUUGCCUAUCUUUGGCAAGCCCGAUGGCUUGCAAAAAGCGGAAGGAUGCCAAGAAUGUGGCUGCCACCAAGGCACCGGAGUGGAAUCUACAGACAUGGGCUGCUCACAGUUGUGUAGAUGGAAGCUCGAGUAAAGCGCCAAGCAGCAAAGAGAUUCGAUGUGCCAUUUCUUUGUAUCGACGGCUUCAAUGGAGUGAUCCAACGAGCAUUCUCGCGCGUGCUCGAAUGUCAGCCUUGGAGUGCUUGCUCUCUUUGGCGCGGAGCAAUCCAUUGGCGCACGUGCGCAGACAGGCACUCUGCGGUUUGUCAGCCUGUUGUGUGGCAGAUCCACAGCUCAUCGCAUCGCGUUGCGUGGCUGAAGCGGUGGCCGCAGGCCUUCAAGACGAAGCUGCGUUUGCGCGACUCGCAUCAUUGGAUCUUGUAGCGCAGCUUCAAUGCCCUGAAGGUGAGUUGAAAGCGGUGGUGUUGCCCAGACUCACUGAGCUCCGCCUGGUGGUGCGCAGCAAACUGUCGGACCCCUCGGUCUUGGUGCGCCGUGCCGCCUUCCGUGCGGCCGGUGCGUGGUUGGAGGAAUGCCAGGAUCCAGCGGCUCAGAUCCAGGAGGCCGGGGAGAUGCUGCGGCGCCUUCGAAAUGAAUCGCUGCAGAUCAGGAGCCAAGCCUUGAGCGUCUUGGAGCGGGUGGUGUUCUCCAAGGGCUCCAAGGGCUCCAAGAUGUCGAAACAACAACAGCAGGACACCAUCCUGCAGCGGCUCUGCACCUUGCAUGGCCACAAUGGGGUUGGUGGAGCUGGUGUUCGUGAUGUUCUCUCAGCCCAUUGCAAGGCCAUUGAAGGAAAUGCCAACUUAUCAGAUGCGGCUGGAAUAGCUACUGCAGCCAUGGAGGAAAUUGCCAGCUGCGCCCUGAAGUCAUUGCCUGAUGGUGCAGAGACCGAGAAGCUGGAGCUGCACUUGUCCCUCUUGGAGCAGCUCAGCUUGGAAAGGCCUGCUGCCUUCCACAAGCAUUUGAAUCGCUUUGCACAGUGGCUUCAGGAGCAGACCAACCCAGACACACCAGAAAGUUUGGUCUUGCCGAUUGCCGCCUGCAAUAUUCUUGCACAAGUCCUACCCAGCUGGACUCAAAGUGAAUCCACUCUGUCAAAGCAGAAGAUGGCAAAUACACUCACCGAGAAGCUUUCUUACCUUCUGGGCGAGGAAACAGCACCAUCGAAUGAUUUGGGCCAAUUGGCCCGGGUCGUUGUGAAGUGUUUGGCAGUUGUGGUUGAACAUUUGUCCUCCGGUGCCCGGGAUCUACUGAUGGGCCAUUUCGGGCGCAGCAUCCGCAUUCUCUCAGAAGCUAUGCAGGAGAUGGAGCAGCUGAGCCAUGGCAAGAUGUGUCGCCACACUUGGAUCGUGGGUUCGCUGUUGGAGUUCUUGGAUUCAAAGUCCAUGGAAUUGUUGGGAGAAGCCAUUGCCCAAGUUUCUUGCAAGAAUGGUGCACUGGACAUCGUGUCCAAAGCUGCUGUGUCCUUACUUUCUGACUGCUGCCUCAGAGGCCCUGCUGCUGCCAAGCCUGCGAUGAUCCCAGCACUGGGUUUUGCCUUGCGCCGAUUCCCUCAGCUAUUGGACGAUGGCAGCGAUGGCAGCGGUGUGCCUUCAGCUCCGCUUUCCGUGCUGCGGCACGGCCUUUCAGCAGAGUCCAGCAGCAACGCAGCGAGCGUUUUGCGCCUGAGAGCCACUGAGACCUUCGCAGGCUUGGCGGCCUGCUACCAAGAAGCAGCCGAACUCAAUGGCCCCUCCAAAAAGAAGGACAACUCUGCAAGCGUUGCAGCUCAGAAAUUGGCAACCCUGCAACCUGAACUCAUGGCAGUUUUGCAAGCUGAAGAGAAGACCAUCCAACAAGCUCUGCGGGGCUUUCGUUCACUUUGUGACCUUGGUGUGAUCCACCCUGCCUCGGCCAUUCCUGGGAUCAUCACGGUGACAGUUGCAGGCACCAAGGCGGCUGCACGACACGCCAGGCAGCUGCUCCUUCGCCUCGUUGAGUCCGGCCCUCCUUUGUUGGCUCAGCGAUGUGGUGCUGGGUUGAGAGCAGCUGCCCAUCAGCUGGGUCAGAUGGGUCUGGGCGAAGACGAUGAGGUCUACAGCCAGACAUGGCGCUUUGGACCUUUGUGCGAAGCAUAUGCCGAGUUCCUGGAGGGUAAACAUCCACGAGAUCAAUUCUUAUGUUCUCUGGUCUCGGAGGCUUUUUCUGAGGCAACUGCUUCGGGAUCUUCGAUGCUUCGCCUCCAGCUGAUUGCUGGCCUGUUGGCCCGACUGCCUUUGUCAAAAGAGGCAGAACUUGCACGAAUUGUGCAUUCAGUGGUCCAAUUCUUGACUUUGAAGGUGGCACCUUACCUUACACUUGAUGAUCAGGAGAAGGCAGACAAAGAGAAUUUCCCUCCACCAUCACGGGUGACUUGUGCCACAGCAGUUGUAUUUCACAAGCUAUGCACACAUUGGUUGGACUUGGUGGGAGCAGAUUUUACGAAGCAAAUGCGUGAGACCUGGGGAAGCACCUUGAGUCUGUCGAACACAGACUUUGACCAGGCACUUCCCAUUGCCUUCUCACGGCAGAAUCUUCCAGACCUUGCAGGGCUCUUUCAGAAGAUUGACUCAGCUGGGGCAACGGAUGAAGCUCUCCUGGCAGAGAUUGAGACAGACUCCCCUCUUCUGAAUUCCAAAGCUACUGCACGAGCUCUUGCUAUCAAGCAGCACUCUCGAAAGCGUGCUGCUACAGAGGACAGCAAGGGAAUCAAGAAAUGUCGUCGAAAUGGGCCAGCUGCGGCGAAGGCAGCUGCUGUUACUGCGGCACAGGCCGACGCAAUGUCGAAGGCUGCCGCUGCAACAGCUUAGUGGGGAAGGAAGAAGUUGUCAAGCCUUCUAGAUCCUUUGGUGCGAAUUCAAGGAGAAGCGGCGUCCACUCUACGGGCGCCAUAAGUUGCGUGAAAUUCAGUGAGAACAUGAAAUGUAACUUUGUGCACGAACAUCUUCAAGUUACUUGUGUUCGCUGAUUUGGGGUGAAGAGUUUGG